AUGAAUGACGAAAAACUGAUCGAGUUAGUGCGGAAAUAUUCCGUAUUAUACGAUUUAUCACAUCCCAAGUAUAUGAACACGGACUUCAAAAAUAUCAUAUGGGCUAAAAUAGCAGAGGAAAUGGAAACAACUGGACCUUCUUGUAAAACAAGGUGGGGUAAUAUAAGAGAUAAUUUUAGAAAAUCUCUGAAGAAAAAUAAAACUGUAAGUGGUCAAAGAGCGAAAAAUACUAAGCAGUAUAAAUAUUCGCAGCAGUUAACCUUUUUAACAAAGUUCUUCGAGGAGAGGGAUACCAUGACUAACAUAGAUUUCGAAGUACCAACCCAAGAGAAUGCAGGUACUGAUGUCGUUGAUGAACCAGGAGAAUAUGAAAAUGAAGAAAACUCCCUAGACUGUACAAAAGACGUUGGUAAUCCUGAGAUUGUAGAAUCCCAAAGUCGUACUUCGUCCAAUUUAAAACAAGCUGAGUGUUUUACAUUGCCUACACCACGAAAGAAAACAAAACAGUCGGUACCAGACACUCCUCCCUCGAAAACUGCCACUGCUACUGUUAUGGAGUACCUCGUCAAAAAAAAUGAAAAUAUACAACCAUUGGCCCCACAGCAUCCAGUUGACGCUUUCCUAUCAGGAAUAGCUCCAGUCUUAAAAAACUUACCCCCACGCUACUGGCAUUACGCCAAGUCUGAUAUAUUUGCUACGGUUCAAAAUGAUUAUGGAGCAAGAUCAAUCUACGGAGCCACCUUCAAACCCAACGUAUUCUACCCGAGCAUACUAUGAACAACCUACCACUGCAGC